AUGACGCAGCAAAGGGCGGAGACCAACAACGAGGCAAAGCUUAGGGAUGUUCGCGCUGCGGAAGAAAUCGAGCACGUCCGGCAGCAGGGAAACCUUCAGGGAAGUCGCACGGCCCAAACCUCAGAUACGAGAAAUGCAACGCAAAAUAUCCUCACCCAGGCGGCUAACAUGGACAUGCAAAUGUCCAUCCAGCAUGACCGCAUCAAGAGCGCCAAGGUCGAGCAGUUGCAGAAGAAGAAGCAGAAGCUGGAGAAGGACGAGGAGAAGUUCCGGGGGCUCGCGAACGUGGCGUGGAUGGCGUUCCCGGUGACGGCGAUCGUGUUCGUUUGCACCUGCUGUCAGUGCUGCCUUCCCGAGUUAAUGAAGGAGAGGAAGAGGAACGCCCAACGAAAGAUCAACGAGGUGGACGCCGAGCUUCUGGCCCUCACCAACGUCAACGUCCACAGAAACUUCGCGAUCUCCGACUCGGUCAGCGCCACCAACCAUGACCGCCGCUACACCGGGACAGCUGACCCCCAGAUGGAGUCGGUGUACGCUGCACCCCCCCCGGGGUCGACGGUCACUACCACGACCCGUUCGGCCGCCCCGCCGAACUAUCACGACUUUGUGGGUGGUGUUACACAGGUCCAUAUCCAGUAG